CGCCUCCCGGUUAGUCAAAUGAGUUGGAUCACCAAACGCUGCCAAACACGGCCUCCGUCCCCAACUACGUGAGGAGAAACAUCGAUGGAAGAGGAGGAGGGAGUUCAACGCCUUCACCUAUACUGGGAAGCUUCCCCUGCAAUCAAAAUGUUUGUUCCAACCUCCAUCUCCGAUCCUGCAACCAAAUUCCCCCUUCAAAGCCGACCUCCAUUAUCAUCAUCAACAUCUUCCACAAUUCCAUUCUGAAACAGAAAGCCAAGUUCCAAACAAUGGGUUCUUUCUUCCAACAGCCAAACCCAGCGGAAGACGACACCACGGUUCUCUUCUCGUCCUCUGACUCCCCGGGCGGCUCUGCAAGUCCGUGCUCUUCUCCCCACCACUCACCGCCACCUGCCGCCACAACCUACAAACUAAGCGUACGAAAUCUCUCCUACACUAUUAACCCAAAGAAAUCCUUCUCUAAUCUGUUCAGCCCCCCCGAGAAGAAGCCUAAGCCUAUCAAUGUUCUCAAAUCAGUCUCCUUCACUGCAAGAAACUCCGAAAUCCUCGCCGUCGUCGGCCCCAGCGGCACAGGGAAAUCCAGUCUGCUCCGGAUAGUUUCCGGUCGAGUAAGCGACAAAGACUUCGACCCAAAAUCCGUUUCGCUCAAUAAUUUUCCGAUGACUAGCCCGGCCCAGUUGAGAAAAAUUUGUGGGUUCGUUGCGCAAGAAGAUAAUCUACUUCCCUUACUCACGGUGAAGGAGACGUUGAUGUUCAGCGCCAAGUUCAGGCUGAAAGAAUUGAGUGCCAGAGAGAGAGAAGAAAGAGUUGACGGCUUGAUGCAAGAGCUUAGUCUUGUUCACGUUGCCGAUAGCUUCGUCGGAGAUGAAGAGAACAGAGGGAUUUCCGGCGGGGAGAGGAAAAGGGUGUCCAUCGGCGUUGAUAUGACUCACGAUCCUCCGGUUUUGCUGCUCGACGAGCCGACCUCCGGCCUAGACAGCACCUCGGCUCUUCAAGUGAUCCAGCUGCUUUCCUCCAUGUCAGAAUCCAGGCAAAGAACAAUAAUUCUUUCCAUCCACCAGCCAAGCUAUCGAAUUCUUCGGUAUAUUUCCCGCUUCUUGAUCUUAUCGCGUGGUUCUGUGGUCCAUGUCGGAAGCCUCGAAUCGCUGGAAGAAGCAAUAAACAAGCUGCGUUUCAAAAUUCCAAUCCAACUCAAUGCUCUAGAAUUCUCCAUGGAAAUUAUUUCCACUCUGGAAGAACACUCAAAUCCCAAAACUUAUCAUUCUUACAGUGAUCAAGAACGGCCCUUGACGUGGGAGAAAGAGAUCAGCCCGAACCCACAGAUUUUCACUAAUCAUGUCCAAAGAUUGAAUGAAAUUAUGAUUCUAUGCGUCAGAUUUUGGAAGAUCAUUUACAGGACCAAGCAGCUGUUCUUGGCCAGGACCAUGCAAGCCCUGGUCGGAGGAUUUGGAUUAGGCAGCGUAUACAUAAAGGUGAAGAAUAAUGAAGAUGGAAUCGCAGAACGGCUAGGCUUAUUCGCUUUUAGCCUUAGCUUCCUUCUCUCUUCAACAGUCGAAGCACUUCCAAUAUACCUCCAAGAACGGAGAGUUCUAAUGAAAGAAGGCUCUAGAGGAGCUUACAAAAUUUCUUCUUACAUGAUCGCUAACACCAUUGUUUUCCUUCCUUUCUUGUUCGCAGUAGCGGUCAUCUUCUCGAUCCCCGUUUAUUGGCUUGUCGGCUUGAAUCCUUCUGCCAUGGCUUUUGCCUUCUUCAUUUUCGUGGUUUGGCUUAUUGUUCUCAUGGCGAGCUCAUUGGUCUUGUUCUUAACUGCUAUCUCGUCAGAUUUCAUCUCUGGGAACUCGCUUAUUUGCACUGUUCUCGGUGCCUUUUUCCUCUUCUCUGGAUACUUCAUUCCGAAGGAAAUCAUCCCCAAAUAUUGGCUCUUCAUGUACUAUGUUUCUCUUUACAGAUAUCCUUUGGACUCAUUGCUUGUAAAUGAGUAUUGGAGCUUGAGAGGCGAGUGUUUCUCUGUUGAUCCUCAAGAUCAUUCAAAGUGCUUAAUGACAGGCAAAGAUGUUCUGAAGAUCAGAGGACUUGAAACAGAUUCGAGGUGGUUGAAUGUCGGGAUCAUGUUUGGCUUUUUUGUGUUCUAUCGCGUGCUUUGUUGGAUUAUUCUCAUGCGAAGGGUUUCAAGAACAACGAUUUAGUAGUGUACAAAAAAAUUAUUAAGUAAUGUGGUUUAGGAGUUUUGAAUUGUGUUAUUUGCACAGAAACUCUCUUACAAAAUGAUUUAUAGGGAUGACAUAUUUACGAAAAAUUAGUGAUAUUUGGGGUAUAAAUUAGACCAAUUUAUCGUGAUAUAUUGCCGAUAAAUUUGAUUUAAAUGAAAAAAGAGAGAUAAAGAGACAGGAUAAAAUUCAUCGGCUAAACCCCUCUUUCUCAACCGACAAAAACACCAUUUUUCAUUGGCGACCACUCAAACCAAUCGACCACCAACAAAGUCACCGUUCUCCAUUGGGGACACAAAAUGUAGGAGAAACUACUUUUUUUUCACAACAUUUUCCUUGAUGGCGAGCUGUAGUGCCACCAUUCUUCUUCAGAUAUGCUAUAACCACGGCCUUUAAGCUCCAUGUGAAGGCGUCGCCACUGCGGAACCAUUAGU